GCCGUUCAAGCCUUUCUGUCAGCCUUGUGCAUGGGCUGUGCUGUUGUAAGAGAUUGAGAGGCACAUCCAGAUAGCAUCAAAUCUUUGAAAGAGUCUCUUAUUUCUCUCCUUCUCUAUCGUCUUAAACCCAGCAAACCAAUAUCACGGUGGCUGUUUUACUGCAAAGCAUUCGCACAGCCAUCAACAGUCCGUUCAACUUUUCCCCCGCCCACAUCUUUCGUUUCUGAGACGUCCAGAACGAUUUCCCUUGAUAAAGUACCCCACUACCCGAUCUGAACGAUACGGUACCUCUCAGGUUAUCUUAUCAACAUCACGAGCACGAAAAAAACCCCCCUACCUUUAUUGGCGUAUGUUGAGCCUUGAACUCGAUAACUGCCAAAAGAGUAAUUCAUCCAAGCACGAGUUCGACAGAUAGUCAAGACAGAAACCUCUCAACAUGGCGGCAUUACCAAAACGGAUCAUCAAGGAGACGGAGAGAUUGAUGCAAGAGCCUGUUCCGGGCAUCAGCGCAGUUCCCCAUGAGGACAAUUUAAGAUAUUUUGACGUCUCGAUACACGGUCCAUCCUCUUCUCCAUAUGAAGGCGGUAUCUUUAAGCUAGAGUUGUUUUUACCAGAUGACUAUCCGAUGACUCCUCCAAAGAUUAGAUUCCUUACAAAGAUCUAUCACCCAAAUAUUGAUAAGCUCGGCAGAAUUUGUUUGGACGUUCUCAAAGGUAACUGGUCUCCUGCACUCCAGAUUCGAACAAUUCUCCUCUCGAUCCAAGCUCUUCUCGGGGCCCCCAACCCGGACGAUCCAUUAGCUCCAGAAGUCGCAAAGAGAUGGAAGGAGGACGAGCCGGCCGCAAUUGAGACUGCUAGAGAAUGGACAAAAACUCAUGCUAUGGCUUAGAUCUGAUCUAUUCCCCUAGUAGUAGAUGUUCAUACACGAAUUAUGGUUAAAUGAAACGAUGCGAGAGGUCUUCAGUAUGGAAAGGCACUAUUGCUGUGCAAGAUGGCGUGGAUACAGCGCUGAAACAAUUAAGCGGAUUUUGGUAGAGACGAAUAUCUCGAGGCAUUGCGCAAGGUCUUUUUGUGAUUCUAUUAGCAUAGCUGAGCCCAAUUCCAACCAACGAAGUUUUGCUUUUUUUCAAUGCCAAGAGCCUCUAUCGUUCAUUCUUUUCUAGGGCUCAAUAUUGGAUCUGAUAUUCGAGAUA